CUAACACGGGUGUCAGUAUAACAUUGACAUCUAUAGAAAGAGAAAAUAUAGUUCACCGAAGGCAAUAAUUCCUGGCUGCAUCUGUCGGGGGAUCUAAACCUUGUAGACAAAUUAAGAAGGCCCACGAGCAGCCAUGCUGCCGCGAAGAUCCGUCGCGAUUGCUUUGAUCGGAUGCUUCGUCGUUCUUUGCGUGGAUCAUGCGGCAGCUGUCAACAAGAAAGUCCCCUCAGGUACUGCAGUAACAGCAAAACAAGCCAGGCUGAAGAAAGAAAGCGCAGAGAAGUGUGACGACAGCAAUGCUGAGCACUGUUACGACCACACAGCCAACGUAGGCAUUGGGCCCAUCAAGGUGUCCGAGAAGUUCCCGGCUGCCGAUCAGUCAACUUACGACUACAGCGAGGUCCUGCACAAGUCCUUCUUGUUCUACUUCCAGCAGCGCUCCGGCAAAUUGCCUCACCAGAGGCUAGCGUGGAGGACCGACUCAUGCGCGGAGUGCAAGGGUCCGAGCGGGGAGGACCUGAGCGGCGGUUACUAUGAGGCUGGUGGCUCCUACCUCAAAUUCAGCUUUCCCACAGCCUUCACCAUCACUCAGCUCGCCUGGGGCGUCGUCGAGUACCGCAGCGGCUACGAGAAGGUGGGUGAGCUGCAAGAGGCGCUGGACGCCAUCAAGUGGGGCACAGACUACCUGCUCAACUGCCACGUGGAGCCCACAAAGUUUGUCGCCAUGUACGGGUCUUCCGAGGUGGACUUUGGCUACUUUGGACCUCCGGAGGAGCACCUGCAGUGGACGCAGGAGGAGCGCGAGGUGACCUACAUCACCCCGGAGGACCCCUCGUCAGAGAUAUGCGGAGAAGUCGCUGCCGCAUUUGCCGCCUCCUCCCUGGCUCUGCGCGACACCCACCCUGAGUAUGCGGACAAGCUGGUGGAGCACGCAAAGCAGAUGCUGGAGUUUGGCAUGGAGCACCCGGGCAGCUACAUGAAGAGCCAGCUGGAGGGGCUGAAGGACCACGGCAAGCACUACCCCAGCACGAACUACAAUGAUGAGAUGGCCCUGGGCGCCGUCUGGCUCUACUUUGCCACAGGGGAGGACGAGUACCUGCAGACUGCCACCAUGUACUAUGACAAGCUGAACUCGUGGAAGGCGGACAAUUACGCGUUCGACUGGGACAACAAGUCCCCCGCCCUCCAUGUGCUGCUCACCCAGAUCUACCCCUCCGAGAUGAUGAAGUACGGCGUGAAUGCAAAGCAGUACUUUGAGGAGUACCUUCCGGGCCCCAAGCGCACCGUCUUCCACACAAAGAAGGGACUCUCCUGGAGGAAUGCGUGGGGCGUGCUGCGUUACUCUGCCAACAACGCAUUCCUGGCCUUCGUGCACAGCGCCCAGAUGAAGGAGCAGGGUGAUGAGGCAUACGCAGCCACCCUCUUCACCUACGCCACACAGCAGAUCAACUACAUGCUGGGCGACAGUGGCCGCUCCUUUGUGGUCGGCUUUGGCAAGACACCUCCCAGCACUCCUUUCCACAAGUGGUCCUUUAACUCUUACAUUGACUACCCCACCCGCGGCCAGAGCUAUGAGAUUCAGCACGACGAGUUCCACAACACCGACACUCCCAACAAGUUCCUGGCCUACGGUGCUCUCGUUGGCGGGCCCAACGCCGAUGACACGUUCGAGGACUCGCGCGGCUGGUGCUGCGCAGCAUACAACGAGGUUGCCGUCGACUACAACGCUGCAUUCACCGGCGCUCUGGCGCGCCUGGUCGACUACUACACCGACAUGCAGCCCUUCUCCGACUGCACCCUCGACCUGGGGUGGACCCACUCCAACGCCACCCAGGCAAAGAGGCCAAACUGGCCCGCUGAUGACUGCUACCACGCGUGCUGCGAGGGCGCAGCCAGGCCCACCGUCCGCAAGGAGAUUGCCUCCCCCACAACUACCAAGGCGGUAGCCAAGCAGGCUGCCAAGGAGGCAGCUGUCAAGGAGUCUGCGAAGAUUGUAGAGGCCACUGCAGAGGCCACAGAAGCCAAGACUGAGGAACAGGCAAAGCCCACUGAUGGCAAGGCGCACGCCGGCGGCCGGGGCGCAGAGCGCAAGCACCGCAGGAGCAAGGAUGCCAAGGGCGGCCACAAAGACAGGCGGCAAGCGCGCAUCGGCCUCUGAUUCGUGACACCAGGCGUCUGAUGUUUGUUGACAGUAGAUGGCCAGUCACUGAUUGGCACAUGACAGGCGGUCAGAAUAGAAGGUCCGCUGAAGAUGCAAGAUUUGAACAGAUAACAUACAGUGGAAUAGGGAAUGUCUUUGCCAGGACCUUUGCGUUGUGGUGCAUCAUAGCACAGAUUUGGUGAUAUCAUAUCAGACUGUCAGACAUAGAAGUUGAGCGCAGUUGUCUGUCUUUCCAGGAACUUGCAGCAUGGCAAUCUUGAUUCUCUUCCCCUGCAGGGCAUGCGCAAGCAGUGUACACUGUCUUGCUUGUUGCCAGCUGGCAUCAUCUGACAUUCAUUUGUGCCGGCCUGUACCAACAAUGAAUUCUGAUCUUGUGAUUGUAAUUGUGACACUGCUAUUUCCCUGAACCCGGGCAA